AUGCAAAACACCGCGUAUAGAAAAUUGAAUGUCGACGCGUUCGACCCGGAGCAGUACGAUGAAAAUGAUGAAACAGUCGAUACUCCGGGACUUGGACCAGACGAACGAUCAAUUCAGAAUUAUUUGAGUUCGAACAGAUUGGAAGAUGCUUUGCGUGCUGCCCUGCUUUCACCUCCAACAAAAACUAAGGAUCAGGCUGCCAAGGAUCGUGCGACACUUCUUGUUGCUAAAGUUGUUCAACAAUUCAAGUCACAUGAAAUCGAACCUGCAGUUCAGAAACUCUCAAUCGAUGAAGGCGACAUUCUGAUGAAAUACGUUUACAAGGCUAUGGAGCUGUCCGGCGAUGCUAAUGCUUGUCAAUCACUUCUCGCAUGGCAUGCGCAACUCGUUUCCAAAUUCGGUCAUGGGUGCAUAAUUCGAGUGCUCUCCGGGCGCCAGAGACUUUAA